AUGGCGCUAGACCUUCAGCUGCGGGCGGCCUUCGCAAGGAGCGUGCGAGACGUGGAAACCGCAGGCGAGCCAGGGGGUGAUCCGUCGCACAAGCUUCUGCUCUCCCAGCAGGGGAAACGGGGCCUCGAGGCUGCGUUUCGCCUGCUUCGAAAGGCUAGGACACAGAACAACGUGCCAGGGGAAGGGAACCAUCUCCGGUCGCCCGAGCUACUGGUGCUUGCCGCUGAGACAGCCGUGAAGAACGGAGAGUUCAAUUUGGCCAGGGAGGCUUGUCACGAGUUCUUCCUCGAUGGGGGGGGUGCGAGAGAUCAAUUCUUCUGCCGCGCUCUGUUUGUGAAGGCUCUGGUGGUGAGCAACUCGAUCGGAAGGGACGGUCUCGUGGGCGCGGAGGCCACCCAACGCCGCUCCCGUGCGGUAGGAUACCUCACACAGGCUCUGGAUGUCGCCAUAGAAGGGGGUCCGCGAUACGCGUUCCUGGUCCACAACGUCUCCGUUCACGCGUGGAACGUUCUGAGGCCCGCUCUCACGGCCGGGCGGGCCGGCCAUCACGCCAAGGAGCUCGCAAGGUUUUCUGACGCACUGGAAGCUACCGAGGAUGCAGACCUGCGGUGGCGGUGCGCCCUUCUGACCUCGGUUUCGCUUGCCCUCGGGGACAACGGAGACGCUAACGCGGCGGCGGCCAAAGCCGCGCUCGGCUUGCAGCACGCAGAGACCCUGGCGUUGAGGGAGAGAGACAAGGCGGAAGCAGCUCGCGAUGUCCUAAACGAGGCGAAAAAGAGGGUGGCCGCAGCGCAGGCGACGAUUCGGAAAAUCGAGGAGGCUGCCAGCAGUGCAGCCGAGGCCGCAUCUCUCGGAGAUGGGCAGAGCGAGGGUGGCGCGGUGGCGGAGGGUUCCGUGGUGUCGUCUUCCACGGGCCCCGCCGGCACCGGCGAGAACCAUUCUCUCGACACGGAAGAGAAGAUGUCGGCCGCGCUGUCGGCCGCGCUGGUGUCUCGCGCCGCGGCCGAGGCCGACGUCGGGGAGGCGGGAAGGAAGCUCAACCCUCUGGUCAAAGGGGCGGCGGAAGCUGCGGCCCUGUCGGAACGGACCUGGCUUUUCCGAGUCUAUUCGACAGCGGAGAGUGCGGCGGCAGGUGGUGCAGAUGCCAAGAAGUUGCUAGACACCCUGCAGACCCAGACUUCGGAGGAUAUCCGCAGGAGCGCUCUCAUGCUUCAGCAACAGGUCACGGCGGGGGCCCUGGUCGGGGAUGCUGUCCUGCAUGCGCUGAAACCCCAAGCGGAGAGUGUGGACCCGGGAGGGGUCGCCGUUUUGGUGGAGAUGUACGCGAGGGUAGCGGCGGGGCUAGGGGAAGAAACCAACGGCGACAACGGCGGUGGUGCUGAUGGGGGCGGAGAAGAUGGGGGGGUGGACGGGGGCUUGCAAGGGCUACUGGCCUCGCUUCCUGCACCUUCCUCAGACGCCAAGUCCGCGCUAGUGGACCUUGGGAGGACAGCUCUCAAGGCCAUGAACGCCGAGGAAGAAGCGAGAAGCCCGCCGGGGCCUAACCGUGAUGCUUUCCUGUCCUUCGCGAAAGCCUGUUACGUGCGGGCAUCUUCCUCGUCCAGAAAGGCUCACGGGGGCAACAAUCCCUCGGCAGGGGGCGGCGGGAAGGAUGAGGGCGGUAGCGCAGUAUCACCCGGUUCCUUCCGAGCACGGUUGGAGUUCCUAGGGGCGGAGCUAGCCGCCCAGGGCAUGAUCUCCGAUAUUUCCCCUGGCAGCAGCAGCAGCAGCAGUGAUACCUUGAAGCUGGACGCGAGGCGGACGGACGCUCGGCGGCUCGCAGAUAGGGUUGAGGCCUUGAAGCGGGUCGAAAGAUCGCUGCUGAAUUGCAAACGGCUGGGAGACCCCGAGCUACUGCAGGAAGGCUGCUGCCUGGCAUUUUCCACCGGUGUCCCCCUCCUGGGUAGUCGGCACCGGAAACAUGUCCACCGUUGUUUCUCUCUCGCGGCUCAGAUUCUGCAGGACCUUCAGUCUCCGCUCGCCAGGCUUCGAGCGCAGCUCCAUUUGGAGGUGGCGAAGUGCGAGAUGGACUCAGACUUCCUAGCGAAGGCGGCGUCGCACGUGGAAAAGGCCUGCAUGCAAGACUACGGCGCCUCCGACAUGACCACUCUACCGCCGGAGACCCCGCUGGAUGGAGAAUGGGACUGCGACCAGCAGCUCGGAAACACGUUCUCGGAAGGGAACAACCAGCGGCAUUACGAAGCAGGGGGCUCUGAUGGGGCGGGAGCGGGGAACUCUCCAGAGGGCGAUGUUGCAGAGGCACGGGCGGCGGCGCUCAACGACGUCUUGCGGCCCAUGGACAGGUUCAUGGCCCCCCUCGCCUCAUUCCUACGUCUGAAAACGAGUGUCGACGUGGAGCCCGCAACGGCGGAGGACAGGGCCCUCUUACUCGUUGACCAGGGUAGGCACGCGGUGGACCCAUUCUUGAGGCGAACGCUCCUCGUCCGAGCAGCCGAACAACUCGACAUUGCCGUCCAGCAAGACAGAAUCAAUCUCAGCAGGAGUGCAGCAGCUCCGUCAGCUGCAGAGGAAGGUCCCGCCGCCACUACACCAGCCACCGAACAACAGGAACAGCGACAACGACAGCAAGGAUCAGAGGAGGAGUCCCUGAGUCCGGGUAACGGUGCGGACGACGAGAUCCAUACUAUCGCGGCCGGCUUCGCGGCGCAAGAUGCUGACGGGUCAGGAGACGGUGACGCUGAGGAAUCACCUCCGACGUCGUCGAAAAGGCUUGUCCGAAUCUGGUUCGCCCUUCUGGAGCUGGCUUGGGACCAGAGCCAAACACAACAAGGCGGCGGAAAGAAGAAGGCAAGAAACGGAGGGAUGUCGGCAAAAAACGCUUCGCGCCCCGAUGGCGAUGCCCGCGACGUUGGUCUGGCUAGGAAGGCGGCAGUGGCGGUGCUCCGGAGCGGUCCUUGGAGCCCGGAAAAAAACAGAGAGCUGCUUGUCUUGCAGACACGGGCGCAGUUCAUGCUCGGAGAAACGUUCGUCGAGGAGCUUCGCUUGGCGCACACCGUAGAAUUAGGGACCGAUUCUCCGGUCAACCUUUCCAGACCAGAGACCCAGACCAACAGCCGGCCCACGACCUCCGACAACGGCGACAACGCAGCUGGCAGCAGCAAGCACGGCAACAGGCCCUCCAAGAAGGGUUUGGAUCUAGACCCGCGCACGAUGGGGAUCGCGACAACGGACUGCCUGGCGGGCGUAUCCGCAGACGUUUCAGAGUUGCUGGACGACCUGAAGAAGAAAGCUUGCGGUUGCUUCGUGGGUGGGCUGCGGAGGGCCGUGAGGGCAAAGGAGCCGGCGCUGGUCCAGAGCGGGGCCGUUUACGUCUACAACUUCCACAUGCCGGCCGAGGAACUGUGCCAACGGGCAAUCACGGCACUAGACCGACCAGACACCAACCCUAAGGGAACUGCUACUGCUGCAACCGGUGGCGGCGGGGCGGGAGGAAAAGGCAGCGCAGGUGGAGCAAAAGGAAAAGGUGGCGCAAAGAAGGGAGAAGCGGCGGCGGCGGCCGGUGGCGGUGGUAGUGGAGGCGGCGGUGGCGGUGCUGCGGGAGCCAGGCGUGCCAACGUAUCCGAGCUCAAGGGGCUGGUGGAGGUACGCACGGCGUGCCAGGCGAAACGGGCGGGAGCAUCGGCGGUGACAGGAGAGGGGAGGCCGUUGCUGCAGGCCCUAGCUCUGCUAACCGCCGCUUCGGCGCUCUCCGGUGCCGGUCCGCCUGCCGAAGAACUUGUCGAGAAGUGCACCGCCGUCAUGCGCGAGUACCGCGGUACGAUAGCGGACGCCGAAGAAGAGGAGAGAGAGAAGCAACACAGGAGGGAGAUGAGGAACAAGAGGGACGGCCAUAACGCCGACGUCACGGAGACGUACGAGGGCACGAAGGAAAGAGGCGACGGGGGAACGGCGAAUGCGACAAAGGCAAUGACGGGGGGGAUAUCCUCAGCGGCACCGGCUCACGGAGGAGGAACACCAUCGCCAGAAAAGGUUGACGUCUUCGCCGCACUUAGCGGACGACGGGUUACGAGCCUCGAAGAGGAUAGGGCCGAGCUGGAGCUGGCCGGCGAAAUCUGGUGCCGCCUCGGCAAGGAGCGCCUGGCGAGAGGCCAGAGAAGGGCCGCGGAGGAGUGCUGCGGCUACGUAGCGGAGCUUCUUCCCCAAAGCCCGGCCGACCGCCGCAGGGUGCAUCCACGGCUAUGGAGGUGGCUGGCCGUGGGCGAGGGACUGUGGGGGCAGGCGGUCGCCUCCGCGAUAGCCCCGGAGUCUCAAGAAAAGCCCCUUCAGGACGAAUUGAGGAGGGUUUCCAUGAAGCACCUGGCGUUGGCAGCCAAGUUCGCCACUCUCGCUUCCUCUUCACCGGUGACCCUGGACGUGGCCAAACGUCUUUGGAACGUCGCACUUCCCCUUGCCGACACAUCGGCCGGGAGAGCGAUCGCUUUUUCUGCGUUGGCAGCCGUUUUGAGAGAGAUGGCGAAGGGGGGUAUCAUCGAGGGGGGAGCUGUUCGCGCUCAGCUAUACGUCCUGCUCUUCGAGUGCUACUCGGAUCGUUCCGAGUGGAAGCAAGGGCUGGCUGUGGUGACCGACUCGCUCCGCUGCGUCCCGCCGGAUUUCCAGCGCCCCCUGUGGCAGUGGCGCGUGGUAUUCCUUUCAAGGCUUGGCAUCACGUCCCUCGACGGAUUGGCGAAGACAAAGGAGUCCGACAAAGUUCUUCAGGGUAAGAGCUGGUGCACGCUGGCGAGGUCGGCGAGCGACCCGAAACAACAGCUGUCGGCCUACCUCAAGGCCCUCGAGAGCCUUGGGGAAAGGUUCGAGAGGUUGGACUGCUUGGUGGAAAUGGGGGAGUGGGCAAUGGGCAGAGGCCUUGCGCAAUCAGGCUCGGACUACUUCCGGUCAGCGUUAGACCUGCUCUACGAUGUAGAGGAGAGGUCGAUGCAGGCGCUAAACAACGGUCCACAAGACACCGACGACGACAGCCAUGAUGGCUCCAGGGGCGAAGGAGGCAGAUCAACCUGCGAGAGCAACGGCGACAGCCGAACCCAGCCGUCAACAGGCGGUGGAUUCAGAAGGGCGGCCUCGAAGCGAUCGCUUGGCAGCCAGGGGGGUGCAGGCAGCAGAGGGUCGAGCAGGGGGGGGGCACCGAGUUCCAAGGGGGGCGCCUCUUCCUCCACGGCGCUCUCCGACCAGAACGGAUACCCGGAGGCCUUAACGAUGGGGCACCUCGAGACCGCCGUGAGGACGCUGGCGAUGCUCGCGAGGGGCGGCGGUUGCUGCUCCACGUUCGAAGAGCGCCUCGACGUUCUGAUGCAGGGGUACUACUUCGUCGGGCGGAUGGCGGGCAUGGUGGAGGAGACGGUGGAGUGCGGACGCCGGCGGUGGUUGUUCGAGGCGUCCGUGCCUGAGGGCGGCGAGAGGGGGGAAACGGCAUUCCAGGAAUGGUGCGCAAGCUCUUCCGCUGCAGAAGCGGCGGUCGUGUCAUCUAGUGGCCGACGUAAUUCCACAGCAGGCGGACGAGCCCCGCUACACCUGCGGGACUGGGCCUACUGGCGGCUAGAGCCGGUGCCAGUAGAACCAAAGGACGACAACGGCGGUGACAAGAACAACCACGACAGCGUCGACGACAACGGCGAAGACGACCUGGACCGGUACAUGGCAGCCCCGCCGGCUGGACGGGAGCCCUUCGUCAUCUCGACGACCACCAUGGAGAAAGCUCCGCUCCUCUUCCACCACCUGCUCGACCUCGCCGAGACCAUGGAGUCCCACGGCCUGGCCGCCCACGCGGCAGCACCCCUCGCCCUGGCCGAGCUGGUUGCCAGACUGUGCCUUGGCCCGGCCCGCAGGAGAGGUGGCGGCGGCAGCGGGGGUGACGGCACCGAUGGGAAAGGGGCCGAAGAUGUCGGCGAAGACGGCUCCGCCAACGUGUUUCCGGCGCUGGCCCUGGCGCGCCUUCGGAGGGCAAGAUUGCUGUUCAAACUCGGGCCGACAUGUCACGAGGCGGCCAUGCAAGCGGCCUCGGCGGCAGGACCGCUGGGAGUUUCCGCGGAAGAGGCCGCACGGAGAGGGUCAGAGGUAGAUCGAAUCUUGCGGCAGCGGAAAGAAUACUCGCUUCAACAGCCAUGGCAAAAGCAGGAACAACAACCCGGAAUGCCUGGGAGGAAUGUCUCGGCUGCUUCAUCCCUUCCCCCUGCACAGUCAACACAAACGCGUUUCGACGGCAGCACCCUGAACAACACAUCCUCCGGGUUGGAUCCACGUACAGCAGUGGGGGUGGGUCGGAAAAGCCACGAUGUUGCCGAUGAUUCGGAAGGGCGAGAGGUGGAGGUUCCACGGCUAGGGAACCUUGAAGAUAGGAAGGUUUGGGCGAUGCUGGCUACGGAGGCAGUGCAGCUCGGGGAGUGUCGCGCCGCAGCCGAGUAUCUCGCGGCGGCGCAUCGCCACAACGACGCCUUCCAUGACAGGAACAACGUCGUGAGCUGCCUGGAAGCUCAGGCGGCUUUGUGCGAUGCUCAAGGGCACCCCGAUCGAGCACUUCCGUGCCUCUUGCGGGCAUCGGCCUUGCUGAAGACGCUCGGCGUGACCGGCUCAACCGCUGUGCGGUGGGGCAAAAUGGCAAUAGCAAUCGGUAGCAUGAUGCGCAAGAUGGGCACAGGUGACGCCAAAAUUCGGCAAACUCUUCAGGCUGCCUGCGAUGCCCUGGAGAGAAGCAUAUUCCGGGGCGUACACAAGGCGGAGAAUAGCGCACCAGCAACGGCGGCAGCUGAAGGCGGCCAGGCUGCCCAGCCUCAGGGUGGGGCUCCGCCCACGCCCUCGCAAACUGUGGAUCUUGAUGCUGCCAUCGCGUUCUCCGGGUGCGUCUGCCUGCUUGCCGAAGCUUCUACCGCAUCGGACGAGUUAACGCAAAGUUCAUCAUCCGAGGUGGGGACGGCUACGAAGGCCAACGACCGAGGCACCAGUAGGACCGGUACCACCAUGACUGCUUACUCUUCGGCCACAACGACGUCUGCCGCAGUCGAAGACUUCGCCAGCAGCAGGAGCACGCACCAGGAGCGGCAGGAGCAGGAGCAACGACAGUGGUGUCGUCGUCUUCGGCCUCCUCCUCAAAAGCGCGCAACAACCGUGGCCACGAUCAUGGGUCGCCGCAGCGUCCGAAGGUGCCUGACGAUGGUCCAGCUGGAGGAGGCGUGCGUGAGGGCGAUGCUAGGCAGGGCCAAGGGGGACGGCCACAGCUCUACGCAGGCAGCGGAGGCCGCCGCCAACAGGGAGGGCGUCACGCCGGUGCAGAAGUAUAUGGAAGCUUCCAGGCCAUUGGGACACCCUACGGUGGAAGAGAUGUCACUGCCACAGAUCGAACAGGCGUUAGCUCUGGCCGAGAUGGCGAGAGAGCGCUGCAGUCUGUCAUCUUCCUCUGGGGGCAAGAGCGGAGUGACAACCAAUCCCGGAUUGCUGCCGCUGACCUUGGCGUGGGAAGGGUCCGCGCUCGCGCUGCUGGCUUCGCGAGCUGGACUAUCUGAUGGAGCGUGGGUCCCGCGGCCCCCACCCCCACGACCUCCAACGCCUCCAGUGCAAGCGGAGCCCGUCCCCGCGAAAGGUGGAAAAGGAGCAGGGAAAGGUGGAAAGGAAGCCAAGGGCGGCAAAGGAGGCGCAGCGGCCGCAGCUGCUGCAGCAGCAGCAGCUCAAGCACAAGAAGAAAAAGAACCCGCGCCCGUUCUGCCCAUGCAGGAAGGGUUCGACCUACGGGAACAGGCGAGGUGGAAGCUCGAGCAGGCCAUGGAGGCGGCCGUGGCUGCAAAGCGCUGGGACGCGGCCGGUGUGGCGGCGUUCGCCCUGGCGGAGAUGCUGGGCGGCGACGACGCCUCCGCUGCGGCCGCCGCCCUCAUGCUUCACCAGAGUUGCCGAGCGCGAGGGAGGAUGCUCCGUCUUCUGCGAGGAGCCCUUCCACAGUCCAACCGAUACCGGCUGUUCAUGGACCGGGUAUCUGCGGCGCAAGGGCUUCUGAGAGGAUUGCACAAUCUCGACAAGUGUGAUCCCUUCCUUGUGCCCUCCCCGUCGGAGACCGGGGCAUCCGCGAGCGGAACAGCGGGCGAGGGCACCGCUUCGAGCACAGGCGAUUUCCCGCCCGCCGAAGCUUCUGAGCAAAUGCUGUCGGCCUACCUGGAGGGGUGGAGACGGCUAGAGUGUGCCGGUGAAUCUACCCCUUGGGCGUCGUCGCUGCGCGGUCUGCCCGAGGGGCUGGGAGUUCUAUCGCUACAGGUGUCCCCCGAUGGCACUACACUCUACGCCUCGGGAUACGCGCCCGUACCGUCGCUGGCGGUCGAGCCUGCUAGUGGAACAGAGGCAGGCACCAGCAGUGCAGCUGGAGAUGGUGCUGUCGUUUGGCGGCACGAGAUGAAACCCACCGAGGUUCGGAAGCUGGCAAAGCUGGGAUCACGGAUGGAGGCGUUUGGAGGUUCGGUGAAGCGGUACUGCCUGGAGAAAUGCGACGAGGAAGGCAAGAAAGGCGACUACGUCGACACGGAGACCGACACCAACGACGACCACCGUCAUUACCACAACAGCAAGCACGGCACCACAAACAGCAGCAACACCGAUCUCAGCAAGACCGAUGUCGAAAAGACAGUCACUCCCUCAAAGGUCCCGUCAUCGUCUUCAGCCGCAACCGUUGCUCUUCCUCCGCGCCGUCUCGCGGCGGCAGAUUGCGAGUCCGAACUGGAAUUAAUCAUUGCAGAGACACAGGCCGCCUUGUCCCCGCUUUGGGCGGAGGGUGUCGAGGGGGGACUCGCACCAUUUCUAGACCGCUGCAGGGCGGAGAAACUGUCGUUGGUGCUCCUGAUGGAUGAAAAGCUGGAGAAGCUCCCCGUGGAGGCAUGUGCGGCGGUGGGCGGGAUUUCGAGCGUCUCUCGCGACUUCAGCCUCCACAUGCUGUGCCACAGGCUCAAGGCGACGACGAACGCUGCUACUCCAGGGCACGACGUCAUCAGCAACGCGCACAUGCGUUACGUCGCCGACCCCCUAUCGGAAGACCCGGGGGUGUCUCCCCCUACACCACCACCCGUGGAAGCCGCCAAGGUCAGCACACCUAGCCGUGCUGCUACUUCCAAAGGGAAGAAGGGCGGAGGGGGUAAGGAACAGAACUCCACCGAAGGCCAACCGGAAGAGGGCGGAAGGCUGCCCAUUUUGAAGGUCCUGCGAGAGUGCGUAGGUGUGCGAGAGUGGCAGUCACUUAUCAGCGGCAACGGUUCAGCCGGUGAGGGAGGGUUCGUCUACUACGGCCCAGGCCGGUGCCUGUCAAAGCUUCCCCCGAAGCACCUGGUGGGGCUCAGCGCCAGCUGCAAGGCCGCUAUCCUUAUAGAUCGGGCGGACACCAGCGUUAGCCGGCGGCUGGAAAGCAAGCAGGACACGCUCAAGUCGCCGGAGGAACUGGAGGCGGAGGAGCCUGCUCAGACGGCUGCUCUCUUCUCCCUUGUGGGGUGCCAGUCCGUCGUUCUCAACAUGUGGUCCGUCACCCUGCACAACAACCGGAGGGUCAUUUGCUCGCUGUUUCGGGGCUGGGGCGAAGAGGGCCUUGCCCUGGGGAACGCGUUGGCGGCCGUUCGGGGUGACGUCGGCAUCAAGCCCAGAGCCCGCUUCUGCACUGUCCUCUACGGGCUGCCGACGUUGAAGUACGGGCCAUGA